CCUUUUUGCCCGGUCCCCCAUGCGUCAGACCGAGCCCCGCGGCCACCCGACCCCGUACCGUGGGCGACUCGGAGUCGAUCCAUCAUGGCUGCGGCCGCCGGCCCUGCUUUUCCGUCCCUGAGCCUUGUGGUCCUCCUCCCUUUGGCUGCCCUGUUUAUAUAGAGCCAUUGCCGCUCUCUAAUAUAGACUCUGCCAGGAUGGGAAGGUGCUUUUCAGGCCUACGUCACCGCCUCUCCAUUUAAACACCAGAUCCGGCUUUAAAUACCUAAAUUAUACAGAUCUGUGAUUGAAGAUGUUAUUAAUGAUGUGAGAGACAUCUUUUUGGAUGAUGGAGUGGAUGAGCAAGUCCUCAUGGAACUAAAAACUUUAUGGGAGAAUAAACUAAUGCAGUCUAGGGCAGUAGAUGGAUUUCAUUCAGAAGAGCAGCAGCUUUUAUUGCAAGUUCAACAGCAGCAUCAACCCCAGCAGCAGCAGCAGCAUCACCACCACCACCACCAUCAGCAAGCUCAACCUCAGCAAACAGUACCUCAGCAAGCACAGACCCAGCAAGUCCUUAUUCCUGCAUCACAGCAAGCCACAGCACCACAAGUUAUUGUUCCUGAUUCUAAACUGAUACAGCAUAUGAAUGCAUCAAGCAUGACCUGGUUCCAUCCCCUAGGUAAUCUUAUGGAUAUGCAGGUACUUCCAAAUCUGAAAAGUCAGCUUCUCCAGGUGGUCAGAGCAGCCAAUGGUGCCCAGUAUAUCUUUCAGCCUCAACAGUCAGUAGUUCUACAACAGCAGGUUAUACCACAAAUGCAGCCUGGUGGAGUUCAAGCUCCUGUUAUACAACAGGUCCUAGCUCCUCUUCCUGGAGGGAUUUCACCACAGACAGGUGUCAUCAUCCAGCCUCCACAAAUAUUAUUUACAGGAAAUAAGACUCAAGUUAUACCUACGACAGUGGCAGCACCCACACAAGCACAAGCUCAGAUAACUGCGACUGGCCAACAGCAACCACAGGCCCAGCCUACUCAGCAGCAAGCUCCAUUAGUGUUACAAGUUGAUGGAACUGGGGAUACGUCAUCUGAAGAAGAUGAAGAUGAAGAAGAAGACUAUGAUGAUGAUGAAGAGGAAGAUAAAGAGAAAGAUGGAGCUGAAGAUGGGCAGGUGGAGGAAGAGCCCCUCAAUAGUGAAGAUGACGUGAGUGACGAGGAAGGACAGGAACUCUUUGACACAGAAAAUGUUGUUGUAUGCCAAUAUGAUAAGAUACACAGGAGUAAAAAUAAAUGGAAAUUUCAUCUCAAGGAUGGCAUCAUGAAUCUUAAUGGAAGAGAUUAUAUAUUUUCCAAAGCCAUUGGAGAUGCAGAAUGGUGAAGAGUUGUUUCUUUUCUUUUAUAAAUAAAACAAAAGAAACUUAAAAAAAUUUAAAGUGGACGGUUUGAAACUUGGACAUAUAUCAACCAAAACUUCACUUCUGCAUGUCCGCAAAGUGCAGUAGAAACAAAGCUACUGGAACAAAGAUAGACCUUGACGACAUAGACACUACUUCUAACUGGCAAGCCAUGGAACUGUAGCACCUGGGAUACUUGGGGUGGGAGGGAAGGGUUUUGUGUAGGAGAACCAUAAUUGUCAAUUUUAAAUACAAGAACCUGCCACUGGUAAUUAGCAUGUAAAGCUUUGUCUAUAUACCUGCCUCCAACUUGAGCUCAACCAGAAGUUACUUGUUGGAAUGAAUUGAAGAAACUUCCCUUUUGAUAGAUUGAACUGAAAUUGCUUAUUGUAUGUGGUUAUAUUUGGUAUAAAUUGCGCGUGAGCUUUUUACAAAAGGGCAAAAUUAUGGUGUUGAAUUUUAAUUCACUUGUAUAAGGAAACAGUUUAAAACACGGAAUAGGUCUUAAAUAUUUUUUACUUGUUAUUCACCCUCAAUAAUAUAUACCUCUUCUUUGCUUUAUGAAACAUCUAUUUAAGAUGUACAGGAAAUAAUAAGUGAUCACAGUUUGAAGACAGUUUGACCCAGAAAUGGAUAUUUUAAUUAGGUUUUCAUACUUGUUAAAUGUAAUUUGAAGACUUAGGUCUUAUCUGAGUUGAAUGGAAUUAAAAUGGCAACUUUAAUUUCCUUACUAAAAAACUUGUUUUUUUUUCCCCCCAUACUUCAAAAUGAAACCCCAGAUUGACUCAUCAAGAAUAUAUUUUUAUUUCCCAAUGGUAACAUCUAGUUAAAUAUUAAAUAGACAUGAAUAUAUGGAGAGUUUUCUUGGGUGGAAGUGUGUGCUUACAUAUAAAUAUAUGGUCUUUAAACAGUCAGAUGACAUUCUGUACAUUAAAGCAUAAGGGCAGGUGAUGAGGAUCUGAAUUUUUAUUAAAAAAUUUAGUAAUUAUAGAAGUUUCUUGUGUUUACUAGUAAAGAAUUUAAAACUAUUAUUUUAAUUUAACAAAGUUUUUAAAAGCAACUUUGUAAUUGAGGGGGGCACAGGGGUGGGUAGAGGGAGGUGGGCCACUAAGUACAUAUUUACCUCUUUAAUUGGGUGGCCCUUCCUGGCCACUGAUAAUACAGACUCUCUGGCCACUGAUAAUACAGGCUCCAGUUUGCACAUUGGAAAAAAAAAAACAGAAAUUUGACUUGUAUAUUAAAAAUAAUAGAAAUUUAAUAUGUAUAUUAAGAAUGGGUAGCUCUAUUUCUGCAAUAGACUCUAUAAAGAACAGUGUGGCAUUGCUGUGUUCAGUGUGAAUCAGCUGCCUGGGAGACCUGCAGCAACGCUCACCUCUACCUUUUUGUUUCUAGUAAUUCUGCUUUCCACAUAUUUUGACAAAAUUCCCAUUUUUUUCAUAUAUAUAUAUAUAUAUAAAAUAUUUGUCUUCCAUUUUUGCCUUUAGUUUGCCUUUAUGUGUUUCUAGAAGAAUCAGAUAAACACUUUAUUACCAAGGAGAAAACUGUGAGCUAUUAUAUAGUGUUUCUUACUUUGUUUUAACGGAAGUCGUCAAAUAUUUUCAACAAAAAGCUACUCAAUUUUUUAUUUUCCUUUUUGGCUUACUUUCCGCCUCACUUACCAGUUUGUUCUCUUUAACUUAUCUGAGAUUUGGUAUAAAUGGUAUUAUCUAGCAUGCUGUAGUUAUGUUUUAUAUAGAUACCAUAACUGCUAAUAGUUUUAAUUUUUAUGAUUAAUUUUGCUUUCUGGGUGAUGUUUGUUACCACUCAAAUAGCACAGUUUUAUUGUUUGUUAAGACUGGGAGGAGGGCGUAAAAAAUUCUUAAAAGCCAUUUUGUGUGGUUAAAGGAAGAACAGUAUAGUUACUAAAAGGUUUCUAUUUACUCAAUGAAGAAGGCAAUGAUCUAAACUACCUAUGAAAGUUUAGCAGUGUUGCAAUGUUGCUUAAAUGAAACUCCAGUUAUUUAGUAGUUCUUAGCUACUGAAACUUGGAUUACUGUAUUAUAGUCAGCACAUGGCUUGGUCCUUCUUUGUAGAUAAGCAUCCAUAUAUUCAUAGUAGCAUAUUAUAUGCUGGCCUGUUUUUAAAAGCUCUUAUUUGCAAACAUGAACAACCACUGCUUGCAGAAUGACUCAUGAGGCUUAUUUUGAAACAGGAACUAACCAUUUGUAUUUGCACCUGUGUAUUGCAUAUUAAGUGUAGCAUACUUGGCAAAUGUUUUUCUUUUACCUAUGAAAACUAAAAGCUGGUUCAAACAACACUGCAUACCAAAUUGUGCUCUUAUAUACGAUUGCAUUGUAUUCCUUUUUUUUUCUUUAAAAAUUUUUUAAAGUAGCUUGUAUUCCUUUUUAAUCAAGAAGUUUUAUUUUUAUGAUAGUUGCUUUUGUUGUAUAAAUGUCAGUUGCUUUACAUUUCAAUGCUCUUAAUAUUUACAUCAUUUCAUUAGGUUCCAUUAAGAUGUCAUUCCUUUGAAUAGGCGAAGGGAGUCCCACUUUGAAAAAUUUAAGAUGAAAGUAGCACAUUUAGCCAAAAGAAAGAAAUAAUUCAAACUUGGUUUCAGAUGAUGAUCUGUUGAGAUUUGCACAAAUGGUGAUGACACCUUUUACAUAAAAAUUAACAUUAAAUAAAGUGGUAAGGAAAACAACACCAAAUGACUAAUGUGGAAAUGUGUGCCUUUCAGUAUACGAACUUCCUUGGUGGUCUUUUGUCAAUCAGACCACUUGAACGGCUGAGAGCGCGUGUAAUUUCUGUAGAGCUGCCACAUGUACUAACACCACUGUAAUGUGCAAUUAGUUUCUAGACUAAAAUGUCACAAUGAGGGAUCUUUUUGUUGGGCUUUUAUAUUUUUUUGGAAUGCUCACAUUUCUUUCUGUUAAUUAAAUGUCAUCAUAAGUCACAUUUAUACUGCUGCCUUUUUAAAAGUGAAAGCCACUAAUGUUCUGCUAUUGCAUCAAGAUUUGAGCAAUGUGUACAGUGGUUAAAAUGUGUUUUUGAAAAGCAUAAUACAUUCUAGUAUUAGAAAAUAACAAAAAUAUAAUGGCUUUUUAUAUAAAGACUUUCUUUUCUAUAUUGAAAAUCAAGGAUUUUUUUUUCUUCUGGCUUUUAUGGAGGAAUGAAAGGAGUUGUCUCCCUGUAAGUAAUUUUUUAAAUUAUUAUUAUAGCAAUAAUGUCACCAUUAUUAUCAGAGGGUAAUUGCUUUGUGUAGGAGAAUCUAAUUUUUUCUUUGAAGUUCCCUUUAUAACAACAUUUUCUUCUGAGAAAAUUCCUAUAUUUUCGAAUAAUUUCAUCUUGAGCUUUUUUGAGCUUUUGUGCAAUGUAAUAUUUUACUGAUCUGUCUUUGUACAUUUUCAUUUCAUAUAUCUGUCUCCUACCUACCUGUCUGAAUCAACUCUAGCACGUUUUUAAUUUGUUGGUUAAAAAUAGUUACUUUGUAAAUACAUUUCCUUAUGGGUUUAUGUUAGUUUUGCAUUUAAUCUAUUAUGCUAUGGAAAUUAUUCUGAAGUUUAUAGUCUUCCCUUUUGAAGCCUGCCUUAGACUUUUUGUCAUUUUAUGUGGUUAAAAGGAAGAACACAUCAAACUGAGUAUCUGUUUAUUUUGAAGAACAAAAAUGUUUUCCUUUAAAGGAAGAACUACAUUAAGUUAGUAAACUACUUUUUCAGGCAAGUUUUCUUAAAUCAGUCCAGUAUGCAUCAGGGCUACACCCUGUGGGGAGGAAGCUAAUCCUUUUUGCUGUUCUGAGCUAUUAUUGUCAACUGCUGUUGUACAUAUAUACUCUGUUAUGUGUAAGGGCGUAAAUAUAUUUAUUAUGUUUGUAAAAUUCAUUCUGUACAAUUGCAGAUCAAGGUUGCUCUUCUGUGAUAUAUGGGACAUUAUGUUUUAAAGACCAUCUUGGAAUACAAUUAGAAGAAAACUUAGUAUUUUGAUGUACUAAGACCUAUUUUAAGUUUAAUAUUUUACCUUUGCAAAAACUUUAAUUAAAGAUGUUAUUUAAAAAAAG